AUGGCAUCAUUCUCUUCACCGUCACAGACGCGGUGUAAUUACGCGAAACUUGUUAAUCCUAGGCGACGACGCGGCGAGAGACUAACAGAGGCUGGUUCCGUUUGUUCGCAGAUUGGAGCACUGAAGGAAUACUUCCUGUUCGCUGACAAACGACUUCACAAGAGAUCCCUCUCGAGCAGCGAGUCGCAUCACAAGACGCUGAGGGACGAGCCGAGGGUACGAUGGUUCCAGCAACAGCAUGAGAAGAAACGCAAGAAGAGGGACUUCGUGCCGACGUCGUACGCGUUCGCCGAUUAUCCGGCGUUUUUCGACGAGUUCGGGCCGCGUUCUAGGCAGGCCACGUACCACCGACAAAGAAACAGAGGUGUGCCUCUUCAAAACCUGUUCACGGAUCCGCUCUUUAAGGAACAGUGGUACCUGAACGGCGGAGCCAAGGACGGCUAUGACAUGAAUCUUGGCCCAGCGUGGCAGAAGGGUUACACUGGCAAGGAUGUCGUCGUGUCGAUCCUCGACGACGGCAUACAGACAAAUCAUCCGGAUCUGGCUUUGAAUUACGAUCACCAAGCCAGCACGGACAUAAACGACAAUGACAAUGACCCGAUGCCAAGAGACAACGGUGACAACAAGCACGGGACACGUUGCGCCGGCGAAGUUGCCGCGGUUGCCUUCAACCAAUAUUGCGGCGUCGGCGUCGCUUACAAUGCAAGCAUCGGAGGCGUGCGAAUGCUCGAUGGCCCGGUAAACGAUGCCGUCGAAGCCAGAGCGCUGGGAUUGAAUCCUGAUCACAUCGAUAUAUACAGCGCGUCUUGGGGCCCCGAAGACGACGGGAAAACCGUCGAUGGCCCAGGCCCUCUUGCCAGGAGGGCGUUUAUCUACGGUGUCACCAGCGGUCGCAAGGGCAAGGGCUCGAUCUUCGUGUGGGCGUCCGGUAACGGUGGUCGCCACACGGACUCGUGCAACUGCGACGGCUACACCAACAGCAUCUUCACGUUGUCCAUCUCGAGCGCGACGCAGGGCGGCUAUAAACCUUGGUACCUGGAGGAGUGCAGCUCGACCCUCGCCUCGACCUACUCGUCCGGCACGCCGGGCAACGACAAGAGCGUCGCCACCGUGGACAUGGACGCGAAACUCAGGCCGGAUCACAUUUGCACGGUGGAGCACACCGGCACUUCCGCCUCGGCGCCGUUGGCCGCCGGAAUCGCCGCGCUGGCACUCGAGGCGAACCCGAGCCUCACCUGGAGGGACAUGCAGUACCUGGUGGUGCUCACGUCCAGGUCGGCGCCACUCGAGAAGGAGCCCGGCUGGAUCCUCAACGGGGUGAAGAGAAAGGUCUCCCACAAAUUCGGUUACGGCCUGAUGGACGCCGGUGCGAUGGUGAACCUGGCCGAGCAGUGGACCAACGUGCCGCCUCAACAUAUCUGCAAGUCCGAUGAGAUCAAUGAGGAGAGGCGUAUCGAUCCGACCUACGGCUACACGCUCAGCGUGUCCAUGGAUGUGACUGGCUGCGCUGGCUCCUUGAACGAGGUCCGCUUCCUCGAACACGUGCAGUGCAAGGUAUCACUGAGGUUCUUCCCGCGUGGAAAUCUGAGAUUGUUGCUGACUUCUCCGAUGGGCACCACGUCGACGUUGCUGUUUGAGAGGCCGCGGGAUGUUCUUAGCUCAAGCUUCGACGACUGGCCUUUCCUCAGCGUGCACUUCUGGAGCGAGAAGGCGGACGGUCGAUGGACCCUGCAGAUCAUUAACGCAGGAAAUCGGCACAAGUGGCAGCUGAUCUUCUAUGGCACCGCGACCAACCCGAUCAGGAUACGAACGCGACAAUUUAACCCGGUACAAGCGCAUUCUUCGUACGCCUCCGUGCAUUAUCCAUUCCAUGUAGACGAUGAUCCGCUAGCACUGGGCCAUCGCGGCGACGUCGACUUCUUUCCUUCGUCUACCUUUCAGGGCUACCCGUACGUCGGCGCUGCGUCCAACGUGCAGGCAUCGGUGGCCACAUUGGACGGCUCUUCGGCGCCGAUCCUGACCAAUCGACUGCCCGGAGACACGUCCUCCUCCUUCGAUUCGCCGUCGUCCUCGUCUCAAGUCGGAGACGACUCGCUCGACACUACUAGAAAGAUACUUCACGACUGCGAUCCUCAAUGCGAUCCUCAGGGAUGCUAUGGCAAAGGGCCGACGCAGUGCAUCGCUUGCAAGAAUUACCGAUUGGACAACACGUGCGUCAGUCGGUGUCCACCGAGGAGCUUCCCGAAUCAAGGUGGCGUCUGUUGGCCUUGCCAUGAAUCCUGCGAAAUCUGUGCCGGCGCUGGCCAGGAUUCCUGUCUCUCCUGCGCACCUGCUCACCUUCGAGUCACUGACCUAGCCGUGUGUCUUCAGCAGUGCCCCGAAGGAUAUUACGAGAACACGGAGAACAGUACGUGCGUGCCGUGCGAGGCGAAUUGCGCCAGUUGCCAAGACAGGCCGGACAAAUGCACCAGUUGCGAGCAUCACCUGGUCAUGUACGAAAACAAGUGUUACGCAGCGUGUCCCCUGCGCACAUACGAGACGCAAGAUUACAACUGCGCGCCGUGUCAUUCUACCUGCGAGACCUGCAACGGCACCGCCGACAACCAAUGCAUCUCCUGUCGACCCGGAUUGUUUUCUCUGAACGGAACUUGUCGAGCGUCGUGUCCGCUCGGUUACGGGGCCGACAAGAAGCGCCGAGAAUGCGUCCGAUGUCCGCCCGGAUGUGCUACUUGCGCCAUGUCGACGUGCACGAGUUGCGAGGACGGCUGGAGCUUGAACGACGAAGGCCUCUGCGCUCCCGAGCAUCGUGAUCGUUGCGACACUUCCGAAUAUUACGAGAACGGCCACUGCAAGCAGUGCCACACCUCGUGCAAAACCUGCGCCGGAUCUGGAGAGGAUCGCUGCAUUUCCUGUCAAACGUCGCUACUCUUGCAAGGGAAACGAUGCGUGUAUCAGUGCGACGACGGUUAUUAUUCGAUGGCGCAGCCAUCUAGGCCCGUCUGUGUACCUUGUUUGCAUACUUGUAAAACGUGCGUGUCUCGACUGAACUGCACCGCCUGUCAAGAUGGAUUGCAACUGCAGAGCGGCGAGUGCAGAUCCUCGUGCGCUCAGGGAUAUUACAGCGAUCGAGGUCAGUGCGCGAAAUGCUACCUCUCGUGCAAAACGUGUUCCGGGCCGAGGAGGGAUCAAUGCGUGACUUGUCCCCGUGGUUGGCAACUAGCUGCCGGCGAGUGUCACCCGGAGUGUCCCGAAGGAUUCUUCAAAUCCAGCUUCGGCUGCCAGAAGUGUCACCAUUACUGUCGCACGUGCAAAGGAGAAGGACCGAUGGAAUGUACUUCUUGCCCACCCCACUCGAUGCUGGAGGGCGGCCUCUGCAUGGAAUGUCUUGGGGCGCAAUACUACGAUCCUCUGACGCAGCUCUGUAAAAAUUGCCACCCCGAUUGCAGAAGGUGCACUGGCCCAGGGAAAUUUAGUUGCGCGGCUUGUUCACCGCCGUUGCAUCUCGACAAAUUGAACAACCAAUGUGUACCUUGUUGUACGGGCAACGAGAAAGGGGCAUUGGCUGAAGAGUGCUGCCUCUGUGAUCCAGAAACUGGUGGCUGCAGGAACAGCUCGCCAGCUGGCAAAAGAAGAGUGCCAGGAACAGAGUUCGUCCCGGCUGACACAGCCAUUUCUGAAGUAUAUGCAAACUACGAGGGGACAACCGAUAAAAACGAUUCAGCUUCGUUGGCGAUAACAGCGACCACAACCAUAGCUGUCGCCAUUUGUCUCAUAUCUGUUGCUCUGUUCGCUACUAUAUUCAUCGUUCUUCAGGCAAUGUCGGGCAGGAGAGAAACGAACAAGGGUUACACGCAGUUAGCCGUGAGGGUGGAACCCCCGGACGACGCAUACGCGGACGACACGACGGAUUUGAUGACCUAG